AUAUAGUCAGGUGUGAAUGACACCUGGGUGGCCUUCAAACACAUUGAGGUCAAUAUGUCCAAAAUAAAACUUUUCUCCUCCCUUGCCUCCCUCUUCCCUCCCCCAAACAGAACAAAACAAACAAAACCAGACCCAAACUCCUUGCAUUUUCCCAAGGUAUUUGCUAUGCUUUGAAUGAAUUUUUGGAUAUCCUCUCCUGGCCACCACAUGAUUCUUUUCCUUGAAGGUUCAACCUUCUUUUAUGUCAUUUUGACAUCUGCUAAACACUUUAUCAUAGUUUAAUUUGUAUUGUAAAUUGCUUGAAGGUUGGGCCUCCAUUAUUUUUCUUCUUUGGACACUGAGUGCCUAACACUGUGCCUUUCAUUGAAUAAAUAUUUGUUGAAUUGAAAACAAGUAAUGGCAGAAUGUUCUAUUCAAUAAGGCUGUAAUUAAUUUUACAGAGGGACAAAAAUCCUGCCCAGAUUUAACAAAACACUGAAAAUAGUGCAGGUUCUUGACACUGAGCUGCCUUGAUAAUUUAACUCUUUCAAUCUAUAUUGUCUCUAAGUAUAUGACUGAAGAAACACAGGUUUGUGUUAGUUUUCCAGUAAUCAUUUACUGUUAUCAGUGACUAUUUGCAAAAGGGCUUAAAGUAUUGCAAAAGGGCUAAAAGUUCAAUACCUCUGGACGUUUUACUCAGAACGAUUUUUUUUAGAAGUUCUCUAAAAGGACAAGCAGUAACUCAGUGAUUUGCUUUACAUAAUCAAAACCACAAAGAAAAAUGAUAAAGAAAUAAAAAAGAGUGUGGAUGGGCAGGUUUGGAUUUUAUACUAACAGUAUCCCUAGCGGUUUUUAUGGCCUUUUUCAGUUGUUUGUCAAAACUGGUGUUACCAAGCAUUCAGCGUGUCUGAUUGUAAUAGAGCUUGGGUUGGAUGACCUAAGAGCUAUCUCACACUUACUGUGGUAAUAUGUGGCUUGACCAUAUCUGAACCACUGAAUUUGAGGUGGAAGUAGAUAAAUGUUAACCAUUGAAAAAAAAAAGGAAAUAAUCAGCAUUGGUUGAAACUGAAAAGAUUUUUGUAGAAAGAAUUUAAAAUGACUUGAAAAGUAACACGAAACCAAAAGGACACUCAGAAUCCUAAAUCGGCAACUCAAGGAUGCCUUCACCCUAAAACUAUAGGUUGGUGUAAAUUCCCAGGAACCACCCCCACCCUAUAAAUGGGAGUGAUUAGGUAGACAUUCAAGUGACUGCAGUAGGUACAUAUUUACCAAUACAAGAGCUCUCUCGCUCUCUCUGUUUUACCCUUUGGCAGUAUUCAAGACCAAAGUGACCCUCACCUUCCCUCUUGGCAACAGCAGCUUCAGCUUUAGCUAUACCCACUUAUGGGGGUGGAGAGAGGUCUAUGACCCACACCCCCUCAGCAGCCCCCUCCGUGUUUCUCUCACGUCGGCGAUUGGCCAAGACCAUCGCCAAUCAGAGCGGGGCAGGCCAGCGAAUGGGCUUUGGUUGGCAGAGGGGGAGUCGCUGUUCCCUUCACCCCCCACUUUCCCCGCCUCCUCCUCCCGGGCCGGUGCCCCCUCCUCACAGGGAGGGCCAGGAGGGGGCGUGGCUGUGGCUGUGGCCAGGCCGGUGGCGGCGUUGGUGGCUGUCGCUGCUGCUGCUGUGUGCGGUGUGGAUGCGGCGGGCUCUCGGCGGCCGCGGGCUUGGCGGCUGCGAUCAGAGGGGAUGAAGAAGCCGUGGCGGAGCCGAUUAGCCUCAGUGUGGAGUUAUACAUGUGCCAUUGACCUGUCCUCAGAAGUUAGUACUGUAUGGAUGUGGCAGAAAUGAAUCCAGAUAGCUUUACAUCUUCUGCGCUUUUCUCUUCCUAUGUAGCUGUCUACUCAGAGUUUUUACAUUAAUUGCUAUCACUGCUAAGAUCUGAGACAAGGUGGUGUUGAUGCUAGCUGAAGAAAAUUUUUACAGCCCACGUAUAGCUUGCUUGUACGACCAUAAACCAUGCCUUUAGUCAAGCGGAACAUCGAACCCAGGCAUCUCUGCCGAGGAGCGCUACCUGAAGGGAUUUCCAGUGAACUGGAAUGUGUAACCAAUAGUACCCUGGCAGCUAUUAUACGACAGUUAAGCAGUCUAAGCAAACAUGCUGAAGACAUAUUUGGUGAGUUGUUUAAUGAGGCCAACAACUUUUACAUCAGAGCAAAUUCUCUUCAAGACAGAAUUGAUCGCCUCGCUGUCAAAGUUACCCAGCUGGAUUCAACAGUGGAAGAGGUAUCGCUACAGGAUAUUAACAUGAAGAAAGCAUUCAAAAGCUCUACAAUACAAGACCAGCAGGUGGUUUCCAAGAACAGUAUUCCCAAUCCAGUUUCUGACAUUUACAAUCAGAGUGAUAAGCCACCUCCCCUGAAUAUACUCACACCUUACAGAGAUGAUAAGAAAGAUGGACUGAAGUUCUAUACUGAUCCUUCCUAUUUCUUUGAUCUCUGGAAAGAGAAAAUGCUACAGGAUACAGAAGACAAAAGGAAAGAGAAAAGAAGACAAAAGGAGCAAAAGCGUAUAGAUGGCACAACUCGUGAGGUGAAAAAGGUUAGAAAAGCCAGGAACAGGCGCCAGGAGUGGAAUAUGAUGGCAUAUGACAAAGAGCUUAGACCUGACAACAGGUUGUCUCAAAGUGUGUACCAUGGAGCGUCUUCCGAGGGAUCCCUGUCCCCAGAUACUAGGUCCCAUGCAUCUGAUGUGACUGAUUAUUCUUAUCCUGCUACUCCAAAUCAUUCUCUUCAUCAGCAGCCAGUGACUCCUUCUUACGCAGCAGGAGAUGCACAGCAGUAUGGGGCUACGAAUCAACCCCUCGAGCAUGAGUAUAACAGACCUCCUUCUGCCACGGUCAGGCACAUGACCUUGAACAGACCUCAGCAGCCACCACCACCCCCACCACAGGCCUCGGAGGGCUCACAGGCCUCUGCCCCGUUGGUGCCAUCGGACUAUGGGAUGCUUCCGGCACAAAUAAUUGAAUAUUACAACCCAUCAGGACCACCACCGCCUCCACCACCUCCCAUGAUUCCUUCAGCACAAACUGCUUUCGUCAGCCCACUCCAGAUCCCUACACCGUCUUCCUAUCCUUCGUUAGCGACUAGUUCCACAUACACUGCUACUCCUCAUCCACCUUCUACCGGGCUUGCUGUUACAGCUCCUCCUCCUCCAGGCCCACCCCCUCCACCACCGGGCCCUCCUGUAGCAGGGCCUUCUCUUUCAUCCUCCCCCAUGCAUGGCCCCCCAGGGGCUGAAGCAAAGAGGCAAGAACCGGCUCAGCCGGCAAUCAGUGAUGCUCGUAGCGAUCUUCUUGCCGCCAUUCGGAUGGGAAUUCAGCUGAAAAAGGUGCAAGAACAGCGGGAACAAGAAGCGAAACGCGAGCCCGUGGGAAAUGACGUGGCGACGAUCCUUUCCAGACGUAUCGCUGUGGAGUACAGCGAUUCUGACGAUGACUCGGAGUUUGAUGAUAAUGACUGGUCAGACUGAGGCUCUCUCCAUUAGCUCACCACAUGGGGCAGCUAAUUGAAAUUGAUGAACCAUGGGCCAACAAGGAAGGCAGUGUGUUGAAAAUUUGUAGUGGCCUCAGUGCUCAUGUAAUGCUAUUAUAACACCAGAGCUUAGCAACUUUUGUAUUAAUAAUGUGAUUACGCUUUCUGCACAUCCAAAAAUUCCAGGUUUCCCCCACCCCCCAGUAUUUACUGUGUAAUAUUUAAGUGCCACUAAACAUAGCAAAUCAUGUGCUUCACACAAAAAAACAUGCUGUUGUCAUUGCACUGUUAUGGAGCAAGCCUUUUGUUUUCCUCCUGCUGGGGAAGGAGUUUUAUUUCACGUUCAUUGUUCAGUAUGACUCUGCUGACUUGAAUUCUAUUUGUGAAGCUGCCUAGUUGUAAGAUUGUUGCGAAAUUCACAGCUUUCUGUCAGAGUGACUGUCUUCAGAUCAGUCAGACAAUUUGUUGCUUUGCUUUUAGUAUAUGCUCCUGAAUUUGGCACAAGGGGAGAAAAAUUACAAAGUGAACAGAAACAGAA